AUGAAGUUUUACACUGUUUUUCUGAGUCAUCUACUUCUCCAGGCAGCACAGGCCUCAACUUUACCAAAAGAUGUCUUCGCUGCUUUGAAACCUAGAGACGACCUCAAGAACUCAAACAGCUCCAAAAUAGACUGGUCAGAAUGUGACUUGGACUUUGGAGAUAAUUCAACAAACAGGCGACAGAGAAAUUAUGACUGCGCCAGGCUCUCUGUUCCUCUGGACUACACGUCUGCAGGCAACGGCGAAACCAUCAAACUUGACCUGAUCAAAGCCAAAGCCAGCAAAGAGCCCUAUCUAGGCAGCGUUCUGUACAACCCCGGCGGCCCCGGUGGUUCAGGCGUCGAGGCCAUCGUCUCGUCGGGAAUGGAACUUGCCGCAGUUCUUGGCGGACAAUAUGAUGUCAUUGGAUUCGACCCCCGAGGAACUGGUCGUACAAUUCCUUUCGUCUGUAAUGGAACGGGCUUUGGUACGGGAACGAAUCUCACAACUGCUAAAGGUCUUCGCCGUAGAGAGUUCAACACAAUUCCGCAGGCUGAGACCUGGGAUAUUGUCAGAAACCAGACUUGGGAGCUCGCUGGUAGCUUGGCGGAGAAUUGCUAUGAGAGUCGACAAGAUACAGGGCGUUUUGUUGGUACGCCUUUUGUCGCGAGGGAUAUGAUCUCUAUUGUUGAUGCAUUAGGUCAAGGACCUAUGCUUAACUACUGGGGUGUUUCUUAUGGCACUAUUCUAGGCCAGGUUACUGCCUCCAUGUUCCCUGAGCGUAUCGGCCGCAUGUUGAUUGAUGCCAACUUGAAAGCAGAUGACUAUGCGGUUACAACGUGGAUCAACAGCAUGAGAGAUGCCGAGCGAUCACUUUCCAACCUUUUGGACGAGUGUGUUGAAUCUGGAACGGAACUCUGCUCUCUUGCAGACUACCACGGAAACAGCACAACAGGCGAGAGCCUCCUCACAGAGUUUAGAGAGAUGCUGGAGGGUUAUCUCAAUGGAACCCUCCCCAGCGGGGAUAUCGAUGAGGAAGAUCUUCCCAGCGAUGAUCUGAAUCUGCUCAUCAUCACUUUCAAAAACCUCAUCUUUGGAGAACUCUACAGCCCUUUGUCUUACCCCAGCAUCAUCAACCGCAUCGAAGGUCUCUUCAACAACAACGUCACAGCCAUGUUCGACAUGAGGAAUGAGAACCCGCUCGAAAGCGAGUGGAAUAUUGCCGCUGAGUUUGUCACCAAUGGCAUUGCAUGCAGCGACUCUUCAUUCCGAGUUGAGGACCAGGAUGAUUUAUUUUCCAUCUUCCAAGCUCAUCGCGCUGAGGGAUCUUUUUCUGAGCUCGGAACUGUUGCGAGACUUUUCUGUGCGCAGUGGAAGUUUUCUGCGACGGAGCAGAUUAAUAUCAACAAGUUGAGGAAUGUGAAGACGAAAACCCCACUUCUUAUCGUUAAUGGACGAUAUGAUCCUGUUACACCUUUGAGUAGUGCUUGGGGCGUGUCCGCUCAGUUCCGAGGAAGCCGAGUCGUGGUUCACGAAGGUGUAGGCCACGGACUGAUGGCUCACCCAUCGAACUGUACGCAAGAGAUUGUCAAAAACUAUUUCGUUGAUGGAGAGAUGCCCAAGCUCAAUACUACCUGCCAGCCUGAUGAGCCUGUGUUUGAGUAUGCAGCACUAUAA